AUGCUCUUCAAGUCCGCUGCCGUCUCUCUCGUGGCUCUCGCCGCCACCGUCUCCGCCGCAGACGAGUGGACCAAGCUCAAGCCCACCAACACAGCUCCCUCCAACUGGAUCACCUCUUACUCCAACUUUGGUAUUGCCAUCCAGCCCAUCACCGGAGCUGUUCAGGCCGGAGCUGAGGCCACUGCUGUGCCUACUGCCCACCAGAAGCGAGACGAGCACGAUGACGACGUUGUCACCCAGACUGUUGUUGUCUGCCCUUGCGACGAGUCCACCACCACUCUGCCCGUUGUUGCUCCUCACCACGAGGAGUCUGCUGCCCCUACCUCCGCCAAGGAGUCUGCUGCUGCCGCCGAGACCACCCCCGCCACCGUCCCUCACUCCGACGUGACCACCAAGGCCUCUGCCACCUCUGCUGCCGCUUCUUCUGCUGCCGCUUCUUCUGCCGCCGUCUCCGGUGACGCUGAGGCCACCAAGGCUGCUUCUGCUGCCACCACCGGCCCCAAGCCUUCCGGCAAGCAGGACGAGCCCACCUCCAACUCCGACUUCGCCAAGCUCGUUGCUUGCAAGAAGGAGGGUACUCUCGCCAUGACUCUCGAGGACGGUAUCCUUAAGGACGACAAGGGCCGAAUCGGUUCCAUUGUCUCUAACUACCAGUUCCAGUUUGAUGGACCUCCUCCUCAGGCUGGUGCUUGGUACGCUGCCGGAUGGGCCAUCUCUUCUGACGGUAACCUCGCUAUUGGUGACAACCAGGUCUUCUGGCAGUGUCUGUCCGGUACCUUCUACAACCUGUACGACCGAAAGGACAACCGAGAUCAGUGCACCGCCGUUCACCUCGCCAUUGUCAACCUCGAGGACUGUUAA